AUGAAAGUCACAAAGCCCUUACUCCUCACCACAGUCUCUGCCAUCUUGGUAGGCCUGGCAAAUGCGGGCCCCCCUGUCGAUCUUGGCUAUGCGACAUAUGAAGAAGGGUACUAUGAUACCACCUUCGGGCUGAACGUCUGGAAAAGCAUCCGAUAUGCCGCCCCUCCAAUAGGAAACCUUCGCUCUCAGGCCCCUGCGCCUCCAGUGCAGAACAACACCCAGGUCACCCAAGCGAUGAAACAACCGCCGGUCUGCCCGCAAUCGGGAGCUGCCAAGACACCAACCGUCUAUGGAUUCAAUUCCUAUGCCGGAGAUGAAGACUGCCUGCUCCUGAACCUCUAUGCACCGCCUGGCGCUCGGGACUUGCCCGUCUUCUUGUGGAUUCGUACGGUUCUCGUCUGCCUAUAG